UUUUUUCUCACUGCAAUCUCCCUGAUUUGCUACAGAUUCCACUGUCUGCUCUUCCUCACUAAAUAUGCAACGACCUGCUUGUGAUUCUCUGGAAAAGGGCAAAGAAAUGCCAGAGGAAGGGCGGCACUUGGAUGAGGAAACUGAGCAAGCCCAGUGUGGUCCGGAGAAGAGCAACUUGGACAAUGUCCCCUGGAAGCUUCCAGCAAUGGGUCCUGUUAGCUUCACGGGGAAGACGGGGUCAUCCUGCCCGGUGGUGCAACCCCCAGGCCACGGAGCCUGUCCUCAGCAGCCCCCCACGAGCCUGUGUAAGAAGCACUGUGAGAACCAGGGCGGCCUUCUCCAGUUUGACCGGCAGGCCCCAGGCCGCAUUUCCAUCUCUCCCACUCUGAGGAGAUUAAGGGACAGUGGCUGUGGGACUUUGCACUCGCUGCCCCAGCAACACGCCUUGCAGGUGCCCCCCUGGGGAAGCUGGAGAGAGCCUGUGGGCGCCACGUGCUCCCUUUCCAAGAGUCUGCCUGGGAGCCCAAAGGAUCCUCCGCACUCCCUACCGCCCUGGAGGCUUUGCUCAAGGUGGCCUUCCGGCCCUGAGAGGGCCCUCCACGCAGCUGACUCGUUGGAGCCCCAGAACGGCCCCUCUGACGAGCACGCCCUCCCCGAGCUUCCGCCCACGGACGGGGGCUGUCUUCACCAGGCCUCUCUCCCGGGGCGAGAAGGCCACUCCCUGCCCAGCCCCACACCACGGUGUCCUGGCCCUCAGGGAGAAGAAUCACAUCCUUCCAGGUUCUACGAGCACAGGCGAAGUUCUGUGGUGCUGAACUUACCCGGACUCGAGGUCUUCCCUGGGGACCUUCUGGUGUCAGAUGGAGCUGCGGAUUACCUGUGCCACCCACUUCUGCUGCUGAAUUCAGAAUCCAAAAAGCCAAGAUGGCCUUUCUCCAAGAGAGGAGUGCAGGGCAAAGACAAACACAAGCACGUAUCCGACCUGGAAAACUGCCUCUCCUCUGUGAAGAUUACCAACUUCAGAGGCUAUGAGUUCUACAGCUUUAAGGAUAAGACCUGGAAUGAAGUCAUGGAAACACAUCAAAAGCUUCCUACCGAUCAAUUAGACUUGAGAAAGCAGCAAGAGGCCGUGUGGGAACUUUUCACGAGUGAAUGCACUUAUUUCUUGGACCAUUUAUUAGUUCUUAAGAUGAUUUUUAUGAAUACGUUAAAAUAUCUGCAAACUCGUGAAUUUCUCCUGGAUGUGGAUUUAUGGAGACUCUUUGCAAACCUGGAGGAGUUAGCUCAGACAAGCCUUGGUUUUGUGAACAGUCUUUUCAGCAUCAUCAAGGACUAUGUAGAUGCUUCUGAGACUUCACUGUCGAUGGAUUUCAUCUCUGUGCUCACAAAGUAUUUCCGAGGGAACCUCUGUCAGAGCCACCAGACCUACUGCCUGAACUACUCAGCUGCUGUCUUUUAUCUUGACAGCCUGAGGCAGAGAGAUGACUUUGGAAUUUAUUUAAAAUGGUGUGAGCAGAACGAGCAGUGCGGACGUCUGCACCUGCCAGAGUUGCUGGUGGCUCCACUACACAGGCUUACUCGAUACCCACUGUUGCUGAAGAAUAUCUGGAAAAGGAGCAUAGACGCAGCUGAGAAAAUCAUGAUCUACUCCAUCAAGGAAAAGGUGGAAAAAUCAAUCCGGGAUCUUGAAGGAAAAGUGAAGUGGCUGGACAAUUUCCAAAAAUUUAGACAUCUACAGGAGAUUAUAGUGUGGCCUCCGCUUUGGGAUAGAGAUAAAAGGUUUUUCAUUCCAGAGUGUUUGAAACACAUUUUUAAAGAACACAUGGCAGAAAACGUCUUGUCACCAACCAACAGAAACCUUCUCUAUGAAGGCAAAUUAACUCUUGCAGAAAGCACAAGAUUCCUAGACGUUUAUCUGUUUCUCUUUGAUGAUUUCCUCUUAGUUACCAAAACCAAGCGCAACAAAAAGAAAGUUGGAGGCUCAGACACUGGUUUAAUGUGUCCUUCUCUGACUCUUGAGCUGCAAACAGUAAUAAAGGAGGGUGGUUCGUGUACAGUACUCGAUCAGCCUAUACCACUAGAUAGACUGGUUGUCAAAAGUAUUGAUCCACUCCACGUGUCAGUCUUUGGACUGAGAAAUGCUUUUCUUCUACAACACGAAAACAGAUAUCGACAGUGUAUAGCAGCAUUCUUAUUACAAGCCCAAACGGAAAACAUCAAAAAAACAUGGAUGGUACAAAUAACAGCAGCAAUAUCCUGCUUUACCAAGCGUCAGGAAACCAAGAAAAUAUCUUUAUUCACAUUGCCUGCAGAAUCCUCUGAAAUUUAGGGACCUAAAACAAGUGGCAUACGUUUUUAGAGAUUAGAGCUUAAGGUAUUAUUUUAUUCAAACUUUUGAAACACUUAUCAGGUGAUGAGCUAGAAGGAAAAGUGCAUUUUAAAGGAGUUCCAGAAUUUGAGAAUUUGAGCUAGGAAAAUCCUCAGUAUAGAGGAAUAAUGACUGCAACAAAUUUGAACUCUGAGGAAUUUCUUGGCAAAUAUAUACUGAUAUUCAGACUACCUUCUAAUAUUUUAGUCAGGUUUGUAGGAAGUGCGAGUGAAGAAUGGUGCUACUGUAAUUUGUAAAGGGUGAAUGAUCAGAUACAUGGAGUAUCAGAAGGAAAACGUUCACUGCUUGUGUCCAAUGUGAACACCAGCAUCUUACUUUGUGUGUAUCUAUAAAAUAGUGAAACCAAUUUUCCUACAUGGCUUGUAAAUCAGUCCUACUGCUUUAUAGUCCUACCUCAAACACAAUGAUAAUUCUUUUGAUACGAAGUUUGAUUACUCUUUUAAUAUUAUGCAAUAAAUAAGGUCUACAUUUUAACAGCAGCUUUAAAAUUUCUAUUUUACAACAGUUUAUUUAUCUCAGGUAUAAUUUAUAAUACUCUAACUUGGAAGCAGAAAACCAAAAAGACUAAAUUCCAUUGUCUUAUUUCAAGAUAGAAAACACUAAUAUCUGUUCUGCUUUCACCAGUUAACACUUUUACAUGGGAAAUUUUCAUAAAUCUGAAUAGCAAGAUAUCUUUCUCUUAACUUUGGUUUUUGCAGAAUGAUGGUGUUUGUCAUAAAAAUAUUUUCUGGUUUUGAUUGGUAUGUCUGUGUCUACGUGUGUGUUUUAGCACAGUACAGUAACUUAAUUUUAUUUGGCAGGAUUUAAAACUUCAUUAGAAUUUUUUUUUUCUCUUUUUAGAAACCAACCCUGCUGGCAUUCAUUAGAAUUUUUAUCAAGAAAGGCAGUUUGAAUUAUUAUAUACACUUAAUUGCAUUUAAAGAACUAGUGCUUACGGUCAGAUUAUUAUAUCAAAUGAAGUCCACAAACUUCAGUUUCGGGCAUGCUAUCUUUUGAAAUUUCCAAAGUGGAAGCAGUAAAAUUUUUAAGUUUGCCUGCAAGACAACUGAGACCUUAACUAAUUUCUUUAAGCUGAAGCAUGGGAUAGAGAGAGAAUGAUGUUUCCUGGGGAAGUCACGUGCACAGUAAUUCUUUGAGGAAGGUGCAUAUUUCCCCAUGCAAACAAGGCAGUACAGCAAGUGCAGCAGAAAGACUCUUGUGCAAGGGCCCAGCACUCUUAGAAUGGAGAGUAAUAGUCUCUUUGUAGUAAUGGCAGACAUUUAUUAGAAAUAAAGAGAAAAUAAAAGGAAAACCUGGAGAGCAGUAACUAUUGUGAAUAGCUAAGAAUAAGUGAGGAGGAAAAAAGGCAAAGGGAAAAACAGACUUCAACUGAGUUCCUACAGAUGGUUAUCUGGAUGGGACUGAAAGCAAUUAUGUCCAGGAGAAGACAACAUAGAUUUAUGCAAGAGAAGAUGUAUAAAGAAAUUUCUGGCUAAAAAAAUAUUUUUAAAAAAAUUAACAAUCACCUUGCAGGGAUUUUUAGAUAUAAAUCAACCUAGGAGGUGAGCAAUGGACUAGGACUAGGUGAUCUCAGAAGAUCCCUUUAGUCCCAUGAGUCCAGCAACCACAUAUUUAUAGGUAAAAAGGACUAGUUUUCUCCCUUUGAAUUUCAAUAAAGGGAGAAAAAAAUUGACUAAAUUAACAUAAAGUAUGUAAAACAGCUCAAGAAUAUGUUAUACAUAAACUGGAAUUCUAUAAUGUGCAAAAAAUAACAUAUCUAAUAUACAAUAUAUUAAGUGCUUGAGGAUAUAUGCACAUUAAACUCUUCAGAGGGAAGCACAUUAGAAUGAAAUGGGAAAAAAAUACUUUGGAAACUUCAUUCCCUGGGGUAGAAAAGGGGGACAGCAAAAAACAAUGGUACAUUGGACUUUCAAAAAAGUAUCUUUAAAUGGUCACCUGGGUAUUAAACUUAGACACCUAAUAAAAGGAGGGAUUAAUUAUAUAUUUUUAUAUUUCUUUUUACUUUUGUAACUUCUUCACAAUAUUGAAUGGAAUGAAAACGGAACGUCUACAGCAAAAUGGCAUUAACAGUUUCUCUUGAGAUCAGGAACUUAAUUACUAAGUUGAAUACCAUUAAAACCACCACUGUCAAUAUCCAAGUGCAAAGUGCUAAUAUACUGUAAAUAAAUUAAUGCAAAAUA